AGGGCGCACGACGCGCAACUCGCUCCAAGCGUCUCCGACAGCGGCGGACUUUUUCCUCCCGGAGGAUCCGUAGCAUGCGUCUGUGCGCCAACCGGAGGGAGAAGGACCACAGGAAUAUAACUUGACUAUCCGCGGAGUUUGUGUAUUUUUAUUUCUUUUAUUUUCGGGUUGGGGGAGUAAUCAUGCCUUUUUGCAAACGGACGAUACUUCCGAAAGAUGUGUGCAAGCCCGACGCCCGGAGGCUGCAGGAGGCGCGUCCGCGGCACCAAGCGGAGGUUUUCGGGGUCUUGGCGGACGUGUGCGGCUUCACCUUGUGCUCGGUGCUCCGGCAGCUCUCGGAUCUGUCCCGGCACUCGGUGAGCAUCCUGGAGGACCUGGAGGGAGAGCUGGUGUCUGCGUGCCAGCGGUCCGGCGCCCUGGAGGGCAGAGUGGUCCGGCUGCAGAGGCACGUCGCAGAGCUGCUCAGCAAGCCUCCGCCGAGAACCACCAGUGGUCUAGAGGCGGAGAGCGGCAGGCGCGGCGGCAGCAGCCACGGCGACGGCAACCACAGCAGCAGCAGCGGCGGAGGAGGCAGCAGUAGCAGCGGCGGCGCGGCCCACUUCAGGUCUCCAUGGCAACAGAGCGUGAACGUGUUCGGCUCGUGGAGCAGGCCGGAGUGUGUCGAGGAGCUGCACCAGCAGGCGCAGCUCAACCUCCAGAGCCUGCUGCAAGACUUUGAGGAGCAGUUGUACGACACCAAGCUGACCGGUCAGACUUUCCGGCAUCCAUCCUCGCAGAGCUCCGACGACACAUCCACCUCACUCAGCCGAUCUCUCAUCUCCCUCAACAACAAGAGACCUGACUUCAUCUUCCUGCCGGCGUCCAAACAGCUCUAUGACGAUGAAACGGCCUCCUCUGUGUUUGGACUGAGGUCCGUGACCGACCCGUCUCCCUCCCCGUCCCCGUCGCCCUGCGGCUCAGAUCGCCCCCCGCUGGGUUGGAGCAGUAACAACAGCAGCAGCAGCACCGCCACUUCUGGCACCACCGGACCGCCAGUCGCAGACAAACCACGCUGGCAGCUCGGGAGACGCACACUGGGUCACUUGCCGCUCGACAUCACAGGUGAAGGGAGAGGAGGGAAAUUCCACGGGGUCGACCUCUUACAGCACUCUCCGUCCCCAUCCCCCUCUCCAGGGGACCCCUUCCCCCACCAGCCCCGCUCCCUGGAGCCUGUCACGGACACCUUCCACCAGAACCUCCCCCUGAGGAAGACGCACUCUGACCUCGACACAACCGUACCUACAGAUAACACGUUGGAGCAGCGUGCCCCGAACCAACUUCACCCAGGAACUAUGGACCACUCUGGGCUGCUGUGCUCAAACACACCCUCCGCUUCCUGGAACGGACCUAAAGGCUCCACCUUCUCUCCUGGAGCGUGGAACGAGCCUUACAAUUACAGCAUGAAUAAAGGCCCGGCGGUUCCGCCCAAACAGCACAGCAUCAUUGGUAAUGCAGGAGGAGGGACACAUGACGGGGUGAUGUUGGUGAGCUCCGGACAGUCGGUGAGCUCACAUUCCAGUUCAUUCACGUCUGUGACAAACCCUUCUGGGAGAGGAGGGAAUAACAUGCCAGGGCUUUCACUGGCAGCGGCGAUAAUGGGGAAGCGGAGCAAGACGGAAGGGGCUGCAGCGGAUGGAGGGAGGGGAGGAGGAGGAGGGAGGGGGAGGGGGAGGGGGAGGCGGGGGGAGGCAGCGAGAGGGCGGGAGAGGUCGGCACGUUCCAUAGCAGCGGCGAACGCCUUCAAGUUCCGGGAGCGUUCCCUUUCUACGCCCACGGAUUCUGGUUCCUUCUGUUUUACAGAAGGUGGUUUAUGCCAGCCGGACGGGAACAUCUUGCCUACAGGGAACGGGAAUGCUAUGGCAAUAACAGGCCACCAACAACAGCAUCAUAACUUCCUGGGUUCGGGCGAAAACUACGCCCUUCUUUAUCCUAGAGGGAGCUCCGAAGACAGCACAAGUACCACAGACACAAUCUCUGUCACCGCUUCAGACUACAGCGCAGAUGGCCGCUUGCGCCUACGCUCCCGCUCCAUCUCGCUUAAGAAAUCCAAGCGCAAGCCGCCGCCGCCUGUGAGGAGCGUCUCUCUCAUGAAGAACCUUGGAGAAGCCGAGGGGAGAAUCCACCAUGAGGGCGGCCUUUACCGGGAUGGCCGGCCAAAGAGCUUGCACAUCCCCAGGGACCACUUCCCAGACUUCCAGCCCGAUUUCCUCCUGCCAAGCUUGUCCAGCUCCUCUAAGCCCAGUGUUGUUGAGCGGGAGCUGGGCCAUGGAAGCGCUGAUGGACCUCCAAGCCUGGAGGUCCAAGCACCAGAUAGGGAGGGAGAGACAGAGCUAACCUUCCCCACUCACUGGCAGCUGGGGGAGUGGAAGAAUGACCCUUACAGGUCUCUAUCAGGCUCCAGCACAGCAACAGGUACCACAGUGAUUGAAUGUAUGAAAGUGAGAGGCAGCUCGGAGUCCCUGCUUGAUUCUCCCUCGCCCUCCAGAGCCACCUCACCUUCACAGCUCUCCAUGGAAACUGACAUCAAGGCAUCCUCGCCCUUCAAACCCCCAGGACUUAUGUCCCCAUCAAGUGGCUAUUCCAGCCAGUCAGAGACUCCCACCCCAACUGUUCCACUCAGUCACAUGGCAGGUCACGGGACAGUAGGGACAUUGGGGUGCAAGUUGCGUCCCAAGAUCCCAGAAAGGAAAUCAUCGCUACCAUCGCCAAAGGACCCGACUGCAAGGUCUAGAUUGUCAUUUGAGAUGCCUGGGAAUGCACAUCUGGAGCUGUCAUCAAUCAAGCCAAAGCAAAAGGCCAGCAGACGGCAUUCUGACACCUCGACGGCGGUAAAACCGGGAAAAAUCAGCCCCAGCUCCUCACAGGUAUUGCCUGUGGUUACCCAGAAUGAGCUGAAGACUAUUCGGCUCGCCAGUCUUCUGGUGGUGACUGGCCGGGCGGGGGGGGGUGGCCCCCCCCAAAAAAAAAAAGGGGGGCCCGGCGAGGACUUUUCCCAUGGAAAAGAGGGGGGGGGGGGCGCGGGGGGCCGCCCACCCUAAAGGAAACCCAAACCACCUGUCGCUGUCAAGCCACCGUUGCCCAAGCGGCCCCUAAACCUCCUCCUCAAGUCUCCUUCCCCCUCCUCCACUUCCCCCCAAGCUCUUGACUCCCCUCCUGCCUCACCUGUGGACCGGCCUGUCCCCCUAGGCAACAUCUACAAAGUCAUGAGAAAACCCAAACCCAAAAAACCUCCACCGCAAACAGCAAGUCCCUCUGCUCUUCCAGAUUAUAACACCGCUCCACAAACUGCCUAUGACCAUCCAUUCCUCCCCCACUCCCAGACCCUCUGUGAUCUCCCUCCUCUUCCGGACCCCCAGCCUCUCCUGGAAGACCCAGCGAUGGAGCCUGACUUUGACGUCGACCCAGAGAUCUGUUUUGGUCCAGGGGACGGAGGAUCACUCCCCUCUCCCUGCAGUAACCAAGAGGCCCCGGAGCUCCAGGACAAGAGCAAGACUCUCCCCUCAAGGAUGACAAUCUCCUGUCUGGCAGAGCUGUCAGACAAAAAGAAACCCAAGGUUCCACCUCCAGUCCCCAAGAAGCCGAAUGUCUUGCUUCUUCCCUCGUCGGUCCACUCCGCCACCAAUGGCAGCACAGAACGCCAGACCCCACAGACAGACAGCCCCAUGGGUCUUCGGUCUCCUGUAGGGACAUUCCCACCAGAAGAGUUUCCCGGUUUUACCAGUGUUCCUGAUAUGCUAGAGCAAGAUGAGAACCACUUGGGAACAGACGAGGAGAGUUCAAAAGAGUCAUCGCUCCAGUCAUCUCUGCAUGAUUCCUCCCUCACAGAGCUGGGAGGGAGAAUGGCCAGCACUGCAAUUGGGGCAUAUGACUUGGAAGCCAAUGAGAAGACGGUACUCCACAUUGCAGAGGAAACAGAUGACGUCUUGUUGACCAGCACACCUGCAACACACACCACCGAAGACCUGUUCACUAUUAUUCACAGGUCCAAGCGAAAGGUUCUAGGUCGUAAGGAGCCGACGGACUCCUUCGGCAGCCGCCAGAGCCUUGUGUCCCCGGUGAAGCACAGCACCAGCGGGAGCGAGCUCCGAAAUCUUACCUUAGGCAGUCAGAGGUCCAGCUCCCGCAAUGAGAACUUUAUGGCCCUGCUUCAGAAGAAAGGCAGCAAGUCUUCCAGCGGAGGCGCCAGAGUGUCCGCUAUGGAGCUUCUCAAAAGCACAAACCCUCUGGCGCGACGGGUCACAGAGUUUUCAACCGGCGGCGAGGGAGGAGAUGCGGCAUCCGGGAAUGACAAACCCAACGAUCAAUAAAAGGAAUUAUCCUUAACGGAUGUAAACCAGGUCCGUUUGUUGUCGACAAAAGCUACCCAACCAAUUCUACAAUGUGCCACCCACUGCAGACGGGGCCUUCUGACUAACAUGUCCAACCGGAUCGCUCCAACUACUGAUUGACCAUUUGCACUGUCCAAUCGAAUUGGAGCACAUUUUUUGGACACAAUGGUCCCUCCCAUGGUUGAAGCACUACUGUUCCCUGUCACACCGGUCCCUCUAGGAAAGCGAGAAAUCUGUGCAGAGCACAGUUUGUUCUCACUAUAUUUUCAAUGAAAGGUGGAGGUUUUAAGGUUAUGCUUCAACACUGCACCGUGUUUUCCUCAUUGGGGAUAUGCUCAGUGUGGAGGCUGGAUGCAUAGAUGGAUGGAUGGGUGGAGUACACACUGGGAAUGUAAGGAUAUACAGUGAAUAACUUUACUUCUGGCUCCUUCUGGAUGAAGACAACAAGCGUCCCAGAUGGCAAAAAUAGUCACCGAAUAUGAAUCUGUAACCAGUUCUACUGAUCCACAAGGAUACCACCGAGGACCAGUAAUCAAAUAAUUCCAAGAAAUAAAUGGAGUAAAAUACAGGAGAUGUGAGACUCCCAAAUGAUUCAGCUACAAUUCAACCAAAACCCUCCCACCAGUAGCACUGCGGCACCCACACCCGUAGACCUACAUGAAUUGAAGGGUAAAUUAUUAACGGCGUGAUGAGGACCUGAGAAAGCAAAUAUGUCCAAAACCUUGGGCAAUUAUAUCUCUACUUCGCUCGAUGGCAAAUGCAGUGCCAUAGCAUCGGCAAUUUCAGAAAACUGAAUGGAUUUGAGCAGAUGAAGCGAUUUACAAAGGAAAACCCACAUGGGGGGCUUUUUGCCUCCAAGGAUGCAUCAUUAGCACGUCACAGAGUUUGUUGCUCAUGCUAUGAACACAAAACUACACAAAACAUUCCACAGACCCCAGCACCCAGCAAAUGGGCGACAUUUUUUGGAACGCAAGCACCUUUUUUUCUUUUUCUUUUUACCCCUCGGCGUCGGAGGUCGCUACCUUUUUUUUCUCGAGACACUCAUCGAUCAUUAUUUUUUCAGUCUUUGUUUAGCUGUUUUUUUUUUAUUUUUCUUAUAUUUUUUUCUUACACAUGCUAGAUGGCCAUAUAUUGUACACUGUAUGUAUCAUGUACAAAGAUAAAUGUAACGCAUCUAUCUACGCAUAGCAUUUGCGGACACAAAGACUAAAAACAGUGUACAGAGCGGCAAACAGCUUGGACUGCAAACUGCCCACACGAUGGAGGGAAAAUACGCACUCAAACAUACGGACUGGGGAGCGACGCCGUGGAAGACAAACACAACGGACGAGAGAAAAGUGUGUGUUCACAGGAGUGUGUGCGCAGAUAAAAUCUAGCCUGCGGAGUUUCUGUACAGAGAGCAUGAAGCGGGCAUGGUUGUUAAACAGGGUUUUUAUUCAUUUUGGUCUCUGGUGGCAGGACCAAAGGACUGUUAAAAACUACAAACAGACCAGAGGGGACCUAUCGGUGUCAAUUUGUGUGCAUCUGUGUGCGUGCGUGCGUGCGUGCGUGCGUGCGCGUGCGUGUGCGUUGUGUGUGUGUGUGUGUUCGUGUGUGUGUAAAGGGAAGUGCCAAGAACAAAACAGAGAAGAAAGAGAGAGAGAGUGCACGUACAUGUGCCCGUUUAUGUGUUAGGCAUUUUUGGCAUUGUUUUUUGUUUCCUCACUACGUGUGGACAUUUGUGCGUGUAAAUGUGUCUGUGUGCACCCUCGCAACGCCCACCCUAAGGGAUCCGGAACCAAUAGGAUUUCGGAAUCAAAAGGAUUUGAACCAGCAGAGUUUGAAAUCCCCAGGUCUCCACAGAUCUCUGUGGCUCCAGCCAGCCUGUCCGUCUGCAGCGUCGCAGAUUGACGCUACAUGAAUGGUUUCCGUUUGUUUUGCCCUCCUCCGUGCAUGUUUUUCACACUCGGUCUCUUUCGUCUCAGAGGCGAGGUGUUGGCGUCCUCCUCCUCCUCCUCCUCCUCCUCCUUUCCACUCGUUCCUCUCCUCCUCCUUUCAUCACUGCUGGAGCACACACUCCAUCUGUCUCUGCGUAUAGCAUCCUCUCGCUCCUUUUCUCUCCAGUAACCCUCUCUUCUCUCCUUCUGGCACAUACAGUAGCACACGCUGUCUUUCUUCGCCUUUAUACUGCAACCUCUUUCUGUUUUUCACACGUAGCACCGCCGCUCUAUCCCUUCCUCUUUUACCCUUCUCUCCGUCCCCUAUUUUCCGUUAACCUUCCCCUGUCUCUCCCAUCUCUCUCCCCCUCUCUUCCUCCUCUCCCUCCUCUCUCUGCAUUCAGUCUAUGCAUCUGAGCUCGGCAGACGACACAACACCAGAUGAAUGUCAAUGAAUGACUGUUAAGAAAAUGCUGUGCUUAGUUUGAGAGUACGAAAAAAACAACAACAACAUCCUAUCGACGCUUAUCUUCUGAAUUCUCUCUUUCUCGUACUCUGAGUUUUUAUACAUUUUCUUCUACCUUCUGUUUUAGCAUCCAUGUAAAUGGAUCUGUGCACAUACAUGGAAACAGGCAGGGUUUGAAUGUGUUUUCACAUAAAGGACCUUUUACUUUUGGACUGGGAACGAAGUUACCCUGCGGUAUUUGACCCGUGACCGACCCUCAGUUCUGGAUCACCGUGUGGACGGCCUGAGAAUUUUGGAUUAGCAGUGGUUCAGCUCUAACACCUGACUUAUCCCCUGAAUGGAUGGUCCGUGUGGAGGGAGGAGGGAACCUUUCAUCUCUUGACUCCCAGUCGGCAAACUAUCCCUCGGUGCUAUUGAGUCAGAGCUCCCCCUAGUGGGUGGAAAAAAGAGGAACCACACAUUACAACAGGAGAGUAAAAAACAAACAAAAAAAACCUCCUUCACACACAUCUCUCUUCCUUCAGGUAUUCCAUCAUCCUGAAAAAGGAAGAUUUUAAAAAUUGCAUAAAUUAUCACCACUUAUGAUGACUAGUCAAGUGACGCUUGUUUUAAAUAUUUAGUGAAUGGAAAAAAGAUAAACCUAUAAAACUGUGUUUGUUUGUCUUGUAUACUGAAUUAUGGGCGUGUUGCUGCAGCGCCUACUGUGUUUUAUUUUUUAUUUUUUAUUAUGAUUAUUUUUUUUUUUUAUUUCAGCUGCCUUAGUUAGUAAACACUCAAACACAACCUUUCCAGAAAUCUGGCCAAAGUAACUGUUGGUGUAAAAGGGAGCAUUUGUGUUUAAUCUGACCUGUAAUCUGGUGCCUGAAGUGAUUUAGAUAUUUUAAGUAUUUACCAAACAAAUAUUUGCCCAAAUCUGCAUUCAUAUACAGGUGUGCAGAGAACGGCAGGGUAAUGAUAUGUGUUCCCCUUUUAGAGCAUUAUCCCCUCAGAGCAAUCACAGUUGGAAGGGAGAUUAAAAAAAAAAAAAAUUUGAAUUUGAACUAAACCCACAGA